ACUAAGCCCAGCCAAGCCUAGGACCCAGGAGCCACCAUUUACCACCAGAACGUGAAUGAAUGAAUGAUUUGGUGGUGGUGGUGACGGCAUUAAGCCAGCCUGACCAGGGACCCUCCCACCUUUUUGAUCCUCCUCGAUGUCAAGUUUUUCUCAUCUCAAAGGGCCAAACACACAAGAUAUCUCCAAUUUUGAAAGUGAGAGCAAUAUAGAUCGUCGAUUUUCUUCACAAUCGUCUAGUAAAUCACGCGCCGACAAUUCACACUAUCACAUCCAUCCAUCGAGAGCAACAACACUGAGAGCGCGCUUCCAAAAAAGGUGUGAGCGGACGGGGGUCUUCCCAGAUGCACAUGGGGGCAUGUGCAGGGGUUCUAGGACCACGCUCCCUGGUGAGGUGACCAAGGGCGGGAAGAAGAGGGAAGCUCAAGAGACUUCAAAGACUUCAAAGACUUGAAAGAUUGAUGAGAAUGGAUUGACUUUGCAUGGUCUGGGAUAUAUAUUCACAUUACCUGUGCUGUCGGCAUACACAUACUUUUAUAGGUGAUGGAGAGAAAGGGUCUUUCAUGCCCCUUUAUUGAUGAAAUGAAAGGAGAUGAAAGAAAUGACUUGCUGAUGCUCAGUCAAUAUGUCUGUCAGUGCCCGGUGUGAGUGA